AUGAUACCAAGCAUCGCUAAAUACAUCACCCGAAUCUCAUUUCGAUUUGGUCUGAUUGUGGAUCAAGUUUGUCGAUCGUUGGAGUUCUCUCAGGAUGAGAUCAAUGCCGACGGUGCCUGGGUAUAUUGUGUCCACGGGGUGGAUGAGAAAGACGCGCGUGAUGCGGUGAACCAGUUCAAUGAAGACAAGGCAUAUCCUGCAACCAAUUGCGCGUCUGUAUUCAACGUCGACAACGCCGGAAAUUCGGUCAGCAUAGGUGGACCGCCAAAAACGCUGAAGGCGCUUUUCUCAGAGUCCGAUGCCUUCAAAAAGACGAAGAAUGUGCCAAUGAGAAAGAUCCAGGGCAUGUGGCAUACUGAUACAGUGUAUGGUGUGGAGCACGUGAGACAAGUCGUCCCAAAGAUCGAAUCCACACGGCAGCUGCACAUUCCCUUGAUAUCGCCCGUAAGUGGAGAGCCAUUUCGGGAGACAGAGGCUGGAUCUCUACUCGAGCAGAUUUUGGAAGAGAUAUUGACCGAGAGGGUGCGGUGGGACAUGGUGAUUGACACCGCCACCGAGCAAUUGAAGCAAAUGGUGCCCAAAUCUGCACAACUAAUUAGCAUACAGCCAUCUCACUACAACCAGAACCUGCUUGAACGCUGGCAGAUUGAACUACCCAACGCAACGGUGUCAAAUAUAGCUAUGUUGCCAGCUGUAUUGGAUAUUGCUCUCGGACAAAGUCCACCAAAAGACACCAAAUCGUCGAAGAUUGCUGUCGUAGGCAUGGCAUGUCGUUUUCCGGGCGCAGACACCACCAAAGAAUUCUGGGAGAGGUUGAUGCAGGGGCAGGAUAUGCACCGUCAUGUUCCUGCCGACCGCUUCGAUGUCGAAACACACGUAGACCCCACGGAGCAACGACAAAACACGUCUAAGACUCCGUUUGGUUGCUUUGUUGAAAACCCGGGGCUGUUUGACGCUAUGUUCUUCGGCAUGUCACCCAGAGAGGCCGAACAAACGGACCCAAUGCAGCGCCUGGCUUUGUUGACGGCAUACGAAGCUCUGGAAAACUCCGGGUAUGUUGACGGUCGAGGCAUCAUUCACCGCCAGCGCGUUGGUACUUUCUACGGCCAAGCCAGCGACGAUUAUCGUGAAGUCAACUCUGGACAAGAAGUUGGGACUUAUUUUAUUCCCGGUGGAUGCAGGGCAUUUGGCCCUGGACGUAUCAACUACUUUUUCAACUUCUGGGGCCCUAGCUUUAGUGUCGACACAGCGUGCUCUUCGAGUUUGGCAGCUAUUCAAGCCGCGUGCUCGUCGCUAUGGAGUGGAGAUGUUGACAUGGCCAUUACUGGAGGGAUGAAUAUCCUUACUAACUCCGAUGUAUAUGCUGGGCUCAGCCAAGGCCACUUUCUAUCCCCUACGGGGGGCUGUAAGACUUGGGAUGAGGGAGCAGACGGAUACUGUCGAUCAGAUGGAGUCGGAAGCGUGGUUCUCAAAAGGCUCGAGGAUGCAGAAGCCGACAAUGAUAACAUUCUUGCGGUAGUCCUAUCAGCGGCUACUUCUCAUUCAGCGGAAGCUGUUUCGAUCACGCAUCCUCACGACGCGGCGCAAGCCUUUUUGUACAACCAGAUUGUCCGAAGAGCGGGUAUCGACCCCUUGGAUGUUGGCUACGUUGAAAUGCACGGUACGGGGACGCAAGCUGGUGAUCCCACCGAGAUGAGAUCUGUCACCAGUGUGUUUGCACCUCCCAGUCUUCAUAGCCAUAGACCAAAACCCCUGCAUGUGGGCUCAGUCAAAGCCAACAUGGGGCAUGGAGAGGCUGCUGCAGGAAUCAUGGCUUUUGUCAAAACCAUGUUAGUCUUUCAAAAUGGUACCAUUCCGCCUCAUAUCGGUGUGAAGACAGCUUUGAACCCUGCGCUACCAGACUUGAGCAAAAUGGGUGUUGUGAUUCCCUUUCAAGCAGCCAAUUGGAGUCCGGUGGCUACACAAAAGAGGCUGGCUAUGGUGAAUAACUUUGGUGCUGCUGGAGGCAACACAGCUAUGAUUAUCGAAGAGGCCAGCCCAAGGCCACGGUUGUGUGAAGACACGCGAGAAUCUCAUGCCAUUACAGUUUCAGCAAAGACAGCUCAAUCUCUCAGCUUGAAUAUCAAGCGCCUUGUGGAGUAUAUUGAAGAAUUGCAAGACGUAUCUCUUGCCGACAUUGCCUACACACUCUCGGCCAGGAGGCGUCACUAUGAAUAUCGGAAAUCUGUUGUAGAAACAGCCCCCGUCGCUUUUGCUUUUGCUGGCCAAGGUACUUUCUAUGUCGGGAUUGCAGCGCAGAUUUACCGGGACUCUCCGUUUUUUUGCGCCCAACUUAAUCAGUUUGACAGUCUUGCACGUCGCCAGAACUUCCCGUCCUUCCUACCUGCUCUUGAUAAAACAAGUACCCGCGAAGACCUGCCAGCCUCUUCUAUACAUCUCGCCAUCGUAUGUGUUGAAGUUGCGCUCGCUCGACUAUGCAUGGAAUUUGGUAUUAGGCCAUGUGCUGUCAUUGGACACAGCCUGGGCGAAUAUGCUGCACUGGCCGUGGCCGGCGUGUUGUCUGACAGUGACACAGUCUUCCUCGUUGGCACAAGAGCAGCUAUUCUGGAGUCAAAUUGCUCAUCGUACACUCACGGCAUGGUUGCGGUUCGCGCCUCAGUGGCCGAUAUUGCGCGUGAAGCGGACGGCUUACCAUUCGAAGUAGCCUGCAUCAACAGUCCCAAUGAGACUGUUAUUGGCGGUACUGUCGAGCAUCUGGAAGCAAUUUCAGCUCGUCUUUCCAAGGCAGGGUACAAGACUACACUUCUGGAUGUGCCACAUGCGUAUCAUACGGCUCAGAUGGACAAUGUCGUCGACGAUUUCAGUCGCAAAACCGAAAGGAUUGUUUAUAACACACCCAAAAUCCCCAUUAUAUCUCCGCGAGACUCAACAGUCAUCGAGGCAGGCGCUAGAGUCGAUGUAUCUUACUUGGCCACCUCGCUCAGAGAGACGGUCAACUUCGCUGGAGCUCUCAAUGCAGCGUGGGAAGCUGGCGUGGUGUCAAAAUCCACCGUCUGGGUUGAGUUGGGCCAUCAUCCAGUAUGCAGCGGCUUUAUCAACCGUACACUUGUGGAAACUCGUCUAGCAUGCUCAACUCUACACCGUGACAGCAAGAAUUGGACAUCUUUGGUGAAGAUGUUGAGCAGCCUAUACGAAGUUGGUCUCAACAUCGACUGGAAUGAAUAUCAUCGUCCAUUUGAGCACGCACUCCGACUUGCGUCCGUGCCGACCUACGCUUGGAACAACAAGAAUUAUUGGAUCCAGUACCGAGGAAAUUGGAAUUUGACCAAAGGUCAGAUUUCACCGAAGCCAGCGCUUCCCAUUGCUAGCGGGUUCCGAACAUCAAGCAUCCACCGAAUUUACUCCGAGAGUUACGACCCAUUGACAGCACAAAUUUUGAGCGAAUGCGAUAUGACUGAUCCAUCACUCAGAGAUGUGAUAGAAGGGCAUGGUAUGAACGGCUAUGGAGUUGCUUCGUCGUUUCUUCAUGCCGACAUGGCAUUUACGAUGGCCCAAAGGGUCCAGGAAAAGGCUUUCUCAUCGACUUUUAAGGGAAUGGGGAUCAAUAUCGCCAAUUUUGAGUAUCACGACCCGGUAGUUCCGGCAGUGAAAAACGCACACUCUGUUGACCCAUACCCCAUUCUUGUCAAUGCUGAAGCCAACCUCGAUUCUGGCGAGGUCAGCAUAAAAUGGUUCAAUCCAGUCAAUGACAAAUGGUACUGCCAUGCUACGGCUUACUAUGAAGACGCUUCGGCUUGGCUGUCCAAUUGGGCUCGAACGACCAGGCUUGUUACCAGCCGCAUCGACGCUCUCAAUUCUAUGUCAAUUAAGGGUACAGCCAACAAACUGACCACCGACCUUGCCUAUACCCUCUUUGGUAAGCUGGUGGAUUACUCUAGCAUGUAUCGCACGAUGCAAUCGGUCAUACUCAAUGACGACGAAGCCGUAGCCGAAGUCAUUUUCCCAUCAGACACCCAGGGAGACUGGGCUGUGCCACCACAUUUUAUUGAUGGUCUGGUAUCUCUGUCUGGUUUUAUUUUGAAUGGCGGCACCCACUUUGACAAUACCAACAACUUCUUCAUCACGCCGUCAUGGAAAUCCAUGCGUUUUGCCAAGCCACUGGUUCCUGGGGGUCGAUAUCUCGCAUACGUGAGGAUGGUGCCAGAGGUUGUUGACAAAAAUAGCAAGCUUGGCUCUUAUGUCGGCGACGUCUAUAUUCUACAGGACGGCGAAAUUGUCGGUCUCGUCGAAGCCAUCUUAUUCCGGGAGUGGCCUAGAGUGAUGCUGAAUCGCUUCUUUCGCCCAGCAAGCGCAAAUUCUCUUGCUCCUCCAAUCAAGAAUAAGAGAUCUGUUGUCGCAAGUUCACUACCAUCUGCAAAUUCCCUGCAAGAGAAGGCCUUUUCAACGGCGGUAGCGGCCAAGACGUCUGCGAGGCGUCCUACAUCUCCUAUAACUCCUCCACGCUCUGGGUUAAUCAGUCAGCCAGGUGGUAGUCCAAAGAUGAUGCCUCGGCUUGAUUACGGUCUUCUAACGCCAAGGGACUCGCCACUGCCAACUGGACGAGUUGAAAAGAGCGACAGCGACAGUGGUUACGAAGAGCCCGAUGGUGGUGAUGAUGUUGCAUCCCGCGCUAUAGACAUAUUGGCUGAAGAGCUCGCUGUUGAUAUAGGCUUACUGACUGACGAGUGUGAAAUCGGGGAUAUUGGGCUUGACUCGCUCAUGUCGCUCGUUCUCUCACAGAAGUUGCGAGAGAAUCUUGGCAUCGAGAUUCGAGAUUCAUUCUAUCUCGAAAUAACAACGAUUGGGGAUUUGAAGAAGUUGGUUUCUUAA